AUGCUCAAAUGGGCCGUUGUUCGAUCCGACACAAAUUCUGAUGUUCAAUUAGACGUUGAAUUACAUACGCUUGAUGCAAUAUGUAAUCAAUAUACAUUCCCGUGUUUAGUUCGAUUGUACUCAAAAAAUGCAACAUUUGAUAAUGAUAAUUAUUAUUUAUUAUUAACUGAAACAUGUGAUCCCUAUUUAGUUGUUUCAAAUGAAACAGAACGAUUUGCUGUACCAACUUCAAAUGAUGGUUUAUUCGCUCAAGUUGAGCGAGGUGUAACACGUUAUAGUAUAUUUCAGUCUAUUCGAACUAUUCAAACAAUCUUAACAUCAACACAUUCCACAACAGCCACUGCCUUAAUUUCUUCUCCGAGUUCAUCACAGACGUCAUAUUCUUCAAGCUCAUCUUUCAACUAUUCUGAUUCGUCUUCUUCAUCUCAUUCAUCAUCGACUAAUAUCACUCAUUUUACAACAUUACAACCAUGUAUCGCCUAUAACUUCAAUCUAAUUGAUGUUGAUGUAAAUACUAAUUAUUCGAAUUCUAAACAUCUUCGACCAGGUACCAUACUUGAACAAUGUAGACCACGGUUAAUAUCCAAUAAUCAGAACAAUAGCAAUCAUUCUUCACCUCGUAGUCAUCUUAUUAAAUCACCAUCACCAAUACACCAUUUAACGACUGCAACGAUUCGAACACUAUUUUCAAAUAUACCUCAAUCAAUUAAUAAACAUUUAACACACCGUAAGAUUCAUUAUAAUUAUCUAGAAGUAAAAUGUCAACAUUCUGGUGAAUUAUUUUUAAUUAAAAUGGAUCAAAUAGGCGCAUUUGUACCUGUUAUCACACAUAUUCAUCAACCUCCACCAGUCACACCUCGUCGAUCAUCUGCAGCUAAUAUAUUUCUAUCACUGAAUAAAUCUUCCUCCUCAAACAUUACCCAUAGUCUAUUUACGGCCGAAGUAUUGAGUAAAUGCUCAAAUCAAUAUCCAUUUAUAACAGAACUGAUUACUAGUCGUCUAUUAGAGGGUAACGAUACUAAUAACAACAUUUGCUAUCCAUUUCGACGUAGUACUGUUCAUCGUUGUGAAGCGACACAUGCACGAAUAAUUGCAUUCGAUAUGAAACACUAUACAUUCAUUGAACUAGAUAAACACAGUGAUCUGGAUCUAUACAUUAUUGAACAACAAGACACACUAGAACGAUAUCAAGCACAACUAAGAUGGUGUAAUGAUAAUAUUCAAAUGUUUCGAUCAAGUAUCAAAUCAAUUAUUUACCGACAAAAUGGGAGUUCAUCGCUAUUUGUUCAAACAUUACCAUUAUCACCAGAUGACAUAUCAAGACGAAAUUCUGUCAUGUCAUCCGUUAUUACACCUCCAUUGUUAACACAAAAGAUGUGGAAUAGUCGUCCAACUACUAAAUCAAUACUGAAACGAACAGCACCUACAAUAUCUCUAGCAUCUACGCCUAUAAAAGUGUCACUAUCUACCUCAGAACAAAAUAAUAAUAGUAAGAAACCAACGCUUAUCAAGUAUCGAAAUGGUUUGUCAUCUGCACAAACAUCGAGAGAGUCGACGUAUAAUCGUGUUGAUGUAAGAACGUAUUUCAAUGAUCCAAAUAUACAAGAACGUCUAAACACUAAAAAGAUGAUUGAUGAUGAUGUGAAUAGUCAAAUAUUACCACAAUACAAGCGAGCAUCAUUUUAUAAUGACAAAUAUUUCUUGCGAUCAAAUAGUACCGACGGUGACAGUGAAGAAGAAGAUGAUUUUGAACAAACUAAUUCGUAUGAAUGUACGCCACUGUAA